CACAAGCUUUGAGAGUACGAGAAGCAGUAGGGAGAGUAGAUCCACAUGGAACACUGAUGCGAGCAAUGUCGAUGCGAACCAUAAGGCGACGUCAGUAUACUGUUCCUUGUCCCAAUGCUAUGUGGCAUAUUGACGGCAAUCAUAAACUCAUCAGAUGGAGAUUGGUGAUUCACGGCGGUAUUGAUGGUUUCAGCCGACUAGUAGUUUAUCUGUCUGCAUCCUCAAAUAACCGAGCAUGCACUGUUCUCAGGAACUUCAUGGCUGCUGUGAAUGAGUAUGGUUUACCAUCAAGGGUCCGGUCUGAUAAAGGUGGGGAGAAUAUUGCAGUUGCUGAGUACAUGGUGGCACACAGAGGAGAAAACAGGAAUUCUCACAUUACAGGGAGAAGCGUACACAAUCAGAGAAUUGAGAGGCUUUGGAGAGAUGUGUAUGAACAUGUUUUAAGCAUGUUUUAUCACAUCUUCUACAACAUGGAGACAGAGGGAAUACUCAAUCCAGAUUCAGAGACCGACAUUUUUGCUCUUCACUGGAGUUUUGCGCCUCAUUUGCAGAGGCAUCUCGCUUUCUUUAAAGAUGCCUGGAAUAACCACCGCAUCAGAACUGCUGGGAGCCAGUCACCCGUCCAGCUUUGGUUGAGAUACAGUGCCAACAAUACUGAUGACCCAAUUCAAGUGGAUGAAAAUUAUGGGAUUGACUGGGAUGGUCCCCCAAGUCAUGACAGCGAUGGAGUGUCAGUUCCAGAAGUGGCUCUUCCUCGACAACUUACUGAACAGGAAUUGAGUACCCUGCCAAAUCCUAAUGUGCCCUUUUCAGAUGCCAUUGACAUAUACUACAACACAGUUACUAAACUUCAUCAACUACUGGACAACGUUUAAGCAGUACUGUAUUUUACAGCAUUUGAAAUGUUGAUAUAAACUCUCCAGCCACGGUUUUUUAAGUUUAUUCAAGAACCCAGGCAAAGCACUGUUUGCGUUUUAUUAAACUUGAAUAAGACACAUUUGUCUAACAUUGCUUACUUUUUUUUUUUAACAAAACAGUUAAUGCAGUGAACUGUUGUAAACGAGACAUAACCUCAU